GCGCUCAGUCUCUCUCUAUCAGCGCGCACCGCUGCGUCUCUGCUCUGAUCUCCAAACUUUUUCCUUUUUUUUAAUUCUCUCGCGGUGAAUGAACGAGCCUCUUUAACAUAUUCAGUCCAACGUCAUGCUGAAGGUGGAUCAUGCAGCGCAGCCGUUUCUAUAAAACCCCCCGCAGCCCGCUCACUGUGCAGGAACAGUCCCCGGUUUGGCAGAGAAGGCGAGAGAGAAACUUUGCUUAAAAGCACGCGGAUUUUGCUCCCCGCUGACGGGAGGCUGGCUGCAGAGUUUACAGGGGAGAAGAAGAAAAAGAAGGAAGAGGAUAAACUGGACGGAGGAGAAGAUUUGCGCACCGCCCUCGGACAGAGUUUUGAACGGGACAGAAGCGCCUUUACGCACAGCCACAGGUGGAUGCUGGGAAGCGGACCGGCUCGGAGGAUAUGUUACCCCUGGCCCAGUUUGGGGUACUGUCGGCCCUGGCCGCCGCGCUCACCUCGGUCCUGUCCGCGCUCUUGCUGCUGGCGCUGACCCGGCAGCUGUGGAGCCUCCGCUGGAGCCUGACCCGGGACAAAGAGAGCAGCCUGCCGCUGCCGAAGGGCUCCAUGGGCUGGCCGCUGGUCGGAGAGACUUUCCACUGGCUGUUCCAGGGUUCGAACUUUCACAUCUCGCGCAGAGAGCGUCAUGGCAACGUGUUUAAGACCCAUCUCCUUGGGAAGCCUGUCAUCCGGGUGACGGGCGCAGAAAACAUUCGCAAGAUCCUGCUGGGCGAGCACAGCCUGGUGUGCACCCAGUGGCCCCAGAGCACCCGCAUCAUCCUGGGACCCAACACCCUGGUCAACUCCAUUGGAGACCUGCACAAGCGGAAGAGAAAAAUCCUGGCUAAAGUGUUUAGCCGGGGGGCUCUGGAGUCCUACCUGCCCCGGCUGCAGGACGUCGUCAAGUCUGAAAUCGCAAAGUGGUGCUCGGAGCCGGGCGCCAUCGACGUUUACAGUGCUGCCAGGUCCCUGACGUUCCGUAUCGCCGUCAGGGUCCUUCUGGGUCUGCAGAUGGAGGAGGAGCGGAUAGUUUACCUGGCCCAAAUCUUUGAGCAGCUGAUGAACAACCUGUUCUCGCUCCCCAUAGAUGCUCCGCUCAGUGGGCUACGCAAGGGCAUUAAAGCCAGAGAAAUCUUGCACACCAACAUGGAGAAAAUCAUUGAGGAAAAGAUGGAGCGGCAGCAGGCGGAGGAGGAAUAUCAUGAUGCCUUCGACUACAUGAUAUCCAGUUCCAAGGAGCACGGCCAUCAGCUCAGCAUCCAGGAGCUCAAGGAAACAGCAGUAGAGUUGAUCUUCGCCGCUCACUCCACCACAGCCAGCGCCUCCACAUCGCUGGUUCUGCAGCUUCUUCGCCAUCCAGCGGUGGUGGAGAGGGCCAGAAUCGAGCUGGAUGCCGAGGGACUCGGCUACGAAUCCCACAGCAGUCACAGCCCAUCUGGUGUCACCAUGGAGAAAGAGGACGAUGCUGCCAACACAGAGACAACCUGGCUGCUGAACGGAGGCUGUCAGAAUCACAGUGAUGGUUUUCCACAGUCCCAGUCUCAUAUACCGUAUCUGAGCCUGGACAAGCUGAGCCAGCUCCGGUACGUCGACUGUGUUGUCAAAGAGGUCCUCCGCUUCCUGCCACCAGUCUCCGGUGGUUACCGGACAGCCCUGCAGACAUUUGAAUUAGACGGCUACCAGAUCCCCAAAGGCUGGAGUGUAAUGUACAGCAUCCGGGACACCCAUGAGACUGCAGCUGUCUUCCAGAGCCCGGAGCUGUUUGACCCAGACCGGUUUGGCCCAGACCGGGAGGAGAGUCGGUCGGCUCGGUUCAGCUACGUGCCGUUUGGCGGUGGUGUGCGGAGCUGCGUAGGGAAAGAACUGGCACAGGUCAUCCUAAAGACUCUGGCUGUGGAGUUAAUCGGGACUUGCAAAUGGACUCUGGCCACGGAGAACUUUCCCAAAAUGCAGACAGUGCCGAUAGUGCACCCGGUAAACGGGCUGCAUGUGCAUUUCACGUACAACUACCCGCUUUAGAUACAAAUACAGACCGACAAACUUUCCAAAAAACUCACCCAAGAGGCAAUUUAACCUUCAAUCUGCUUCUGGAAAAACUCUCCAAGCCCAAGAAAGGAGACACAACCACCUCGCUGGGCCUGAUGGUGCAGUUCAGACCCCUUUUCGUUUCCACGAACAAGAAGAAGGGGUUGACGUUGCUGGUUUGGAGCACUUCAUCAUCUCUUCAGUGGUUUGGUCCAAACGUAUGAAACCACUUUCUGUAGCACAAGUGCAUUUUAAACCACCUGAUAUGCUCACCUGCAGCGUUUGCAUCGUUUCCCAGCUUUUACUAUCCUUUACAUGCAUUUUUAAGUUAUUAAUGUAUCGAAGGGGCAGUGCAUAUCAGUGAGAAAACUAAGUCUAAGAAGCCUUUUCUUUGCUUAUUUACAAACAGAAGAUCUGGGUUUGCUCUGCUGAAGUGCCCACUGAAUGGACUGCAUGUACACUUCAAUUACAACAAAGAAAGAUUCUAUUCAGAGUGGUUUAGGAACAAUAAAAUCCACUCACCUUCAGCAAUAUAAUAUUUUGUUGCCUCUUGUAGUCUGCAAAUGCAUUUUAACUUAUUGAAAUAUCAAGACAGGUGUGACAUCAGUGAGAGUGAGCUCUACAGUACGUUUCUUGGCUCAUGUUCAGUUGGAGAAGCCCGAUUUGACCUGCAAAGAGUAAGUGCCUAGUGAACAGACUUCAGCUGCAUUUUACUUACAUGAAAUCUAAAACCUACAACACCUACUGCGGAUAACAGGAGAGAAAGUCUUUCAAAAAGGUCUUUCCAUGAAGCCAUCUUAGCUCCAGUUUCUUGGCUUUGAUGACGCUCCAAGUCCAGGGACAAACAUGCAAUGCAAAAUUGCCAGCAAUGGUUUGGACCAUUUUGUUGUGAUACACACUUACACAACGUCUGCGGAUGAUAACAUCCACUCAGCUUUGGUGCGUUUGUAUUUUGUACCUCUUAGUAGCUUUUACAUCAGUGCGUAUCAGUAAGGACAUGUCCAAGAGCUAUGUAUCUUCUCUGUGCUGAAUGAGCAAAUCACGAAUAUUUCACUUCACUUACAUAAAACUUUUAGGAUUCACAAACAGCCUUUUAGAAAACUCACAAUUGGUAAAAUCUUUCCAGUCCUGGGACAGAGAUGCGGGGACCCCCCCCCCUCCAAAGGCUGUGUAGAAUCAACAAGAUUAACAGACAUGGUUUACAGACUUUUAAACCAAUUAUGUGGUUUUUUGUCCUUCAAUCCUUCAGUUGUCUAUAUUUGCCUUUUAUAACCAGAGUUUGCCUUUCUGAACUGCCUGUGAGCAAGGCACGGGAUGCCUGCCAGCUCCAUGGAAAUAUUGCCUGUGGAAAAACAAAAAGAUAAAAGUUCUUUAUUCAAUCUACAAAAAUGUGACAGUUCUCAUUAGAACCUGAUUAAGGCCAAAAAUGCAAUGGAAAAAUAUUUGAACACUUUUGGAAAACAUUUCAAGACCCAUGUUUUACACAGGAGAGACUGGACUGACAUCCAGUUAUCUUAGUUUUGAUGUUUUGCAAUGAUCGCCACCGCAAAAACACUUUUACUGAUGGAACUUGCACUUGAUUGUGACACAUAAAUCCCACAACCAGGAACUACCCGAACAUCAAGGUCAAAAUACAUUCAAACUGUUCUGUUUUUUAAAAUAUGAAUGUAAUAUAUAUCCUUAACAGUGCUAUUAUGUGUGUAUCAAAUGAAGUAGCAUUAUGAAUAAGCUGUAUUUAAAAUGCAGAUGUAUCAUUUCUGUUGAACUUUUACUCUCUGUAACAAUAUUUGCUGUAAUUAUGAAUAGAUCGAGACACUAACCUGUAAUGUAAAGGACUGUCCAUAAAACCUUGUUUCACUGCUAGAACAUAGAAAUAUUUCAUUGUUUAGAGCAGCAUAUAUUGAGAGUAACAUUAUUAUUAUUAUUAUUAUUGUUAUCAUUGGUCUAAUUUUAGGACUGUUUCUGUGUUUGUCUUGAAGCCUAAUAGACGCGCUGUGAAAUCUUGUGUACGGAUGGAUUCGUGGAAGGAGAUAGCACUUUCUCCACUUUAAGGAGUCUGUAUAUAUUUGUCCUGUUUAUGCAUUCAUUGAGUGUAUCAGAUGUAGCUGCUGUACAGUUUAUGUAAAGAAUAAUUUAGAAAAUGAUGAAGAAAAACAGUCGUUGUUUUA